CCCCGAUCGCGAGACCAUCCUCAGACGCGCUCGGAACUCGGAGUGAUGAGGAGCAGAUGAAGAAGAUGAAUGUGAUGAAGCUGAGGAUCUAAUGACCCCUUGGACUCAGCAGAGGUUCGUCCACAGAGUAUGUCACCAUGAACCUGACGCUGAGCGCCGAGCCCGGAUCAUUCCUGACCAACAGCUCUCCAGGGAUGCGGGCCAAUCCCGUCACAGAGUUCGUACCACGUGACGUAAAGACCGUCAACGAUUCGCUCCUCAUGCAGAGCUCCAAUCUGACCGUCAAUGCCACUCUGGAGUCUCCAGAAUCACUCGGUGGACACAACAUCUGGCAGAUCGUGAUGAUUGUGUUCCUGUGCGGCUCGCUGUCCUUAGUCACCAUCACCGGGAACAUCCUGGUCCUGGUGUCCUUUAAAGUCAACAAGCAGCUGAAGACGGUGAAUAACUAUUAUUUGCUCAGCCUGGCGUUCGCAGACCUCAUCAUCGGCGUGCUUUCGAUGAACCUCUACACUACGUAUAUAAUCAUGGACCACUGGGCGCUCGGGAACUGGGCCUGCGAUCUGUGGCUGGCUGUUGAUUACGUAGCUAGCAAUGCUUCAGUGAUGAACCUGCUGGUCAUCAGCUUCGACAGGUACUUCUCCGUCACUCGUCCGCUGACGUACAGAGCCAAACGCACCACGAAGAGAGCCAUGACCAUGAUCGGACUCGCCUGGUCCAUUUCCUUCAUCCUCUGGGCACCAGCUAUCCUCUUCUGGCAGUAUUUCGUCGGGAAGCGGACGGUCCCUCUGGGAGAAUGCUAUAUCCAGUUCCUCUCGGAGCCGAUCACCACUUUCUGCACAGCCAUCGCUGCUUUCUAUCUGCCUGUCACCAUCAUGACCGUCCUCUACUGGCGGAUCUACAAGGAGACGGAGAACCGCUCCAAAGAGCUUGCUGGACUCAAGGGUUCGGGGAACCAAGGGAGUCCGGAGGAACCCGUGGGGAAUCCGGGAAACUCUUGCAGUCACAGCAGUUCGGAGCUCCACCCGUCCAGCCAGAGAAGCUCUGGGAGAACCAGGACCGGACGGUUUGGGUUCUGGCCGUUGAGUUGUAAAGCUUGGAAGGGUCGCAGCGGCGACUCGGACAGCUGGAAUAACAACGAAACCACUGUGUCCAUUGACCAGUCGGAUCAAGAGGAGGAAGAGGACGGAGAAGACGCCCGAGCCGUGUACUCCAUCUCCGAGAAUCUCCACCCAACUGAAGACGCCACGAGACCGUACAGAAAGGGAUUGUCCGAUCACUCCAAAACAUCCGUGAGAUGCUCCAAAGAUCAACCCAACGCCAGCAUCUCCCUCAAAGACUCGGCGCUCGCCAAACGCUUCGCCUGCAAGGCCAAGACGCAGGUCAACAAGCGCAAGAAGGUCUCUCUGGUGAAAGAGAAGAAAGCGGCGCAGACUCUGAGCGCCAUCCUCCUGGCCUUCAUCAUCACGUGGACGCCGUACAACAUCAUGGUCCUGGUGAACACCUUCUGUGACGAGUGCAUCCCCGAGACGCUGUGGGCUCUGGGAUACUGGCUGUGUUACGUCAACAGCACUGUUAACCCCAUGUGUUACGCGCUCUGCAACAAGACCUUUCGCACCACCUUCAGAUCCAUCCUGCUGUGUCAGUGGAGUCAGAAGAACAAACCCAACAAGCCUCCGCUCCAGCAGAGACAGCCAGCGGCCACCUUCCGGAAACAGAGUCCUGCAGAACUCUAGAGACGUUUGGAGGAACUUUGUGCAUCGCUUCUGAAGGGCUGUUGAGUUUGUACAGUGUUCAUGUUCAUAGGAGCCUGAUGCAAUCAAGAGACUGUGUGACUACAUCCACAAAAAAACCUACAGAAACGAGACGCUUCCUGUGUUUCCUACUGAAGUGAAGGGUCAGCUGGGACAUGCAGUAUUUAAGGGCUCAUUUGUCCAACCCUACAAUUUUGACUCAUAACGUACAUUGAAAUUCUGA